GGCGGGGGGGGGAGGGGCCGGGCGGGGGGCUGGCGGCAGCGGCGGAUGGACUCGCGGGUAUCGGAGCUGUUCGGCGGCUGCUGCCGGCCCGGAGGAGGCCCGGCCGUGGGCGGAACCCUUAAGGCAAGGGGGGCCGGCGGCAGCAGCGGCUGCGGGGGCCCGAAGGGGAAAAAGAAGAACGGAAGGAACAGAGGAGGCAAAGCCAACAACCCUCCGUACUUGCCCCCCGAGGCUGAAGAUGGAAACAUCGAAUAUAAACUGAAGCUGGUGAAUCCAUCCCAGUACCGCUUUGAGCACCUGGUGACACAGAUGAAGUGGCGGCUCCAGGAGGGCCGCGGUGAGGCUGUCUACCAGAUUGGGGUAGAGGACAAUGGGCUGCUGGUGGGGCUGGCCGAGGAGGAGAUGCGGGCAUCCCUCAAGACCCUACACCGGAUGGCAGAGAAGGUCGGGGCAGACAUCACUGUUCUCCGGGAGCGAGAAGUGGAUUAUGACAGCGACAUGCCCCGGAAGAUUACCGAGGUGCUGGUACGAAAGGUCCCUGACAACCAGCAGUUCCUAGACCUCCGUGUGGCCGUCCUGGGCAAUGUGGACUCAGGGAAGUCGACUCUGCUUGGAGUCCUGACCCAGGGAGAGCUGGACAAUGGGCGGGGCCGGGCUCGACUCAACCUUUUCCGCCACCUGCAUGAGAUUCAGUCUGGCCGAACCUCCAGCAUCAGCUUCGAGAUCCUGGGCUUUAACAGCAAGGGAGAGGUGGUGAAUUACAGUGACUCACGGACGGCAGAAGAGAUCUGUGAAAGCAGCUCCAAGAUGAUCACCUUCAUCGACCUGGCAGGCCACCACAAGUACCUACACACCACCAUCUUUGGCCUCACCUCAUACUGCCCUGACUGCGCCCUGCUCCUCGUCAGUGCUAACACUGGGAUUGCUGGCACCACAAGGGAACAUCUGGGGCUAGCCCUGGCCCUGAAAGUGCCCUUCUUCAUCGUGGUCAGCAAGGUGGACCUGUGUGCCAAGACCACAGUGGAGAGGACGGUACGACAGCUAGAGCGGGUCCUCAAGCAGCCUGGCUGCCACAAGGUCCCCAUGCUGGUCACCUCCGAGGAUGAUGCUGUCACGGCUGCCCAACAGUUUGCCCAGUCACCCAAUGUCACUCCUAUCUUCACACUGUCCAGCGUGUCUGGAGAGAGUCUGGACCUGCUCAAAGUCUUUCUGAAUAUCUUGCCACCACUUACCAACAGCAAGGAGCAGGAGGAACUCAUGCAGCAGCUGACAGAGUUUCAGGUGGAUGAAAUCUACACAGUACCAGAGGUGGGGACUGUUGUUGGAGGAACACUUUCCAGUGGGAUUUGCCGUGAGGGAGACCAGCUGGUAGUGGGCCCCACGGACGAUGGCUGCUUCCUGGAGCUGAGAGUAUGCAGCAUCCAACGCAACCGCUCUGCCUGUCGUGUGCUGCGAGCUGGUCAGGCUGCUACGUUGGCCCUCGGGGACUUUGACCGUGCACUUCUUCGCAAGGGCAUGGUGAUGGUGAGCCCCGAGAUGAAUCCCACCAUCUGCUCAGUGUUCGAGGCAGAGAUAGUUCUACUGUUCCAUGCCACCACGUUCCGGCGAGGCUUCCAGGUGACAGUACACGUGGGCAACGUACGUCAGACAGCAGUGGUGGAAAAGAUCCAUGCCAAGGACAAGCUGCGGACAGGGGAGAAGGCAGUGGUACGUUUCCGCUUCCUGAAACACCCAGAGUACCUGAAGGUGGGCGCCAAGCUGCUGUUCCGGGAGGGUGUCACCAAGGGCAUCGGCCAUGUCACUGAUGUGCAAGCCAUUGCAGCAGGAGAGGCCCAGGCCAACAUGGGCUUCUGAACUCCUCCAGGCAGGCACAGCUCUACUGCCGUCCCCACAAUAUAUAAGGUGACUUUUGGCCAUGCUGCCCCCGCUGUUGGCGGCUCUGUGUGUUAAUAGGCUAGGGAGAGACCGGUGCUCUCUGCCCCUUGCUCCCUGCCACCCUUCUGGAGAGGUGCCAAGCUUGUUGUGGCCAGGGAUGGGCAGUCCUGAGGUUCUCAAGAAGACAGGAGAAUUCAGGGCAGUGCUCAGCAGCUUUGUGUCCACCUGGUUGGCUCAUCAACCCUGGGAACUCCACGGCCUGUCUACCGGAGGGAGCUGACCACCACCACCUUGGCCCCACUGUCUGGACUGGGCAUGAUCUGCCGGUGUGGUCCCUGCACUUCAGGAAUUGUCACAACAACUGGGGGUGGUCCUCAAAAGCACUCCUUUUUGUAUACCUCUUCUCAAGGCCAUGUAAGUUGCCCAUCUCUACUUGACUGUGGACAAAAGACAGCUGCUCCCGGGUCUGAAGCUGGCCCAGCUGGCCCAGAGUCUGAAGAAAUGGCACAGGGGCAGUGCUCCCACCUUGUGCUGAGACAUGAGGUCUGUUCCUCAGCUUUGUCUCCCUUCCCUUCACUCAAGGGCCAUUCUCCAUUUUUCUGCUCAUAGGCCCCACAGGUGCUAUUUGUUGUGCUGGCCCAGGAGUGGGGCUGCCGAGCUGAGGCUUGGCAUACCGAAGGUCAGCUGCAUGUCAAUCAGUCUCGUCCCUUCCUCUGCAGUGAUUUGUUGGUUUUAAUGCUGGAUCAAACAGUGUUUUACUUUCCCAGACUAGUGACUGGGGACCUGACCCACAGCUCCCCAUCCUGCCAUCCUUUACCCCCUCCACCCUUCCUGCUCCCAUGUUAAAUCCUCCCUCUGUUGCAGGGAGCCUGGGGGAAAGGGAAAGAUGUUGCCAUAUUUCCUACACUUUAGGGCGUGGACUCCUUCCUUUCCCUUUGUUAAUGUCCUGGGUUCCCCGGACUCAGGGAUUUGUUGGUUCAGGUUUCUCUGCAUAUACAUAUAUAUAUAAAUAUAAAUAUAUACAUACAUAUAUAUAUUUAAAUACACACAUAUAUAUUGUACAGAAUAAAAAUGUUUUAUUGAAUACACUGUGCUCAUGCUUAAGAUACGGGCUCAGCUUCCAGAGCUAGAUUCCUCUUCAGGAUUAGAGACAAGUGAAACCCUAGCACCACUGAGCCCUGGAUGGAGAAAAGAGCCCAUCUGGUAUCAUUUACCAUUCUCCCUUUCCUGUCCCUCCCAUGUGAUCAGCGUUCCAGUAUUGUGACCUGGGUAUUCUGGCUUAUUUGCAUUGCUCUUGAGCAAGCAGAAUAGAAAGUGAAACCGCUGCCUUUUCAGCUGAGACAGGUAACCAGCCCGCACUUGAGGAGUUGGCCACUUGCUAUGGUCACAGUGAUGAGGAGCCCACUUCUGUGCCAUGUCAGAGAUGUGGAGAUUAGCGUGUGAGCUACUUAAUGAAGAGUGGAAUUUAAGAGUCACGUUAAUCUGGCCCUCACGCUCUCCCUAGCAAUGCAGAAAAGCUCGAAGUGAGGUUUACAUAGCCUAAAUUGGCUUCUUGGAACCACCUGGCCACACCUUAGUCGUUUCUUCGUGUUUCUGUGUUCAGAGUACCUGAUGGUCAUGUUUUAUGGGACUGCGUUUUGAGUAGUGAUCCUUGCAAAAGAAAUUUAAUGAUAAAUGUGGCCCAAUGUCCAGCGAGGCAUUCUGUCUCCAGGGUAUUAAAGUAAAAGCUUCCUUAACUAUUCAAGCUCUGCUGCUUUUAAAAAUACCACUGGCUUGACUGGCUACUAUAAGUAGCCUGUGGUUGAAGAACUUCCUCCUGUGUCGGGGACUAAGAGCGGUUCGUUUCCGUCUGUACAGUUGCUGAUAAACGGCUAUGAGAAAAGCUUGUGUUCAGCAAAAAAGGUACUAUAGCUUUCAGCCAACACUGACCUUUGCAUGUCCGUCUGCUCGUACCUCCAUGGGCUUAUUGCCACUAUGCUGGGGCAGGGUUGGCAUUUCCAAGAAAAUAGGUGUGCUGCUUUGUAUUGUUGUUACUGGUUACUCACUACUCCCGCCCAUCUUGGCCUCUUAUAAGUCCAGUGAAACUAAAGUUUCUACUCACAAUUUCUCUUUCCAAUCAAGCAAAGUGUUAAAAAUUUGUUUCACUUGAUCUGUACAGUACCCAAAGGAGAGUAUUGCUUCUUUAGGCUUUAAAAAACAAAACAAAACAAACUUUUCACUGGAUUAAGAAAGGAAAUUUUAGAAAAUGAUCUCAGUAUUUAAUGAGAUAUCUUCAGGAACCACUGAGCUAUACCUUGGUACAUCAAUGGAAUGUUUAGGAGGAUAAAAAGAUGUGUAAGGCAGCCCCUCACCCCCAUCAGCUGUAUGUACAUUUUUACUGUUCCAGUUCUGGUAAUCUAAAAUUGCUUACUUCAUAUGUUUCAUCCAAUGAAUAUCAAGUACCUAUUAUGUGCAAGAAUUCUUGCCUUCAGGAAACUAUAAAUCUAGCAGGGAAAGGGCCAUGGUACACAGCAUUCAACUACCUCAAAAGAGGAAGAUAGUUUUGAAGAGAGUUUCCUGCUAGACUCAGGGUUUUCAAAUGCUCCCCACUUUCUUCAAACUAAAUACAGACCCCUAAUUUAUAAACAAGCUUUAAAAGCAGUUGGUUUUUGUGUACAUAUGAGAGAUGGGAUGUGUACACCAUUCUUCCUACCCACUUCCCCCAACACACCACCUAAUUCAGCUCAUCUUCGGUUGGGUUCUCUGUGUGACUCAAGGUUUCCUAUAUCAAAAAAGCUGACUUCCCACAUAUAAGAACAGAGAUUAAGAAUACAGUACUGUAAGGGCACCUGGGUGGCUCAGUUGGCUGAGCGUCUGACUCUUGAUUUCGACUCAGGUCAUGAUACCAGGGUCGUGGGACUGAGUCCUGCGACAGGCUCCAUGCUGAGCAUAAAGCCUGCUUAAGAUACUCUCUCUCCCUCUAUCCCCCCACCUCUACCCUGCUCGCGCACUCUCUAAAACCAAGAAAAAGAAAAGAAAAUGGAACUAUCAGCAUGGACAAGUGCAGAAAGCUACGAUAAGCCCUAAGCUAAAUAUUCAAACAUCAAAAGGAAAGAGAUGAACAUGCCAGUGACCCUGAAAGCCAAGCACUACCUCACAUUUGUACUUUAGGGUUUAAGGAAAUGUCAUGGCCCUCUACAAACCUGGCUUGCCAUUGGCAUCUUCUAGAUCAGUAGUCCUCAAACACCCUGGAGAAUCUUUAAUAUACAGAUUCUGGGUCAGUACAGGUGAAGGUGAGGCUGAGACAAUUUCUUAGAAGUUCCCUGAUAAUGCUGAUGCUCCUGCUCCUCAAAAUCACACUCAGACCAGCAAGAUAAUUUUUUUUUUAAGAUUUUAGUUUUAAGUAAUCUCUACACCCAGCAUGGGCUCGAACUCACAACCCUGAGAUCAGGAGUCACCAUCUGAGCCACCUAGGUGCCCUAACUAGCAAGAUCCCAGAGAGGAUCUAGUUCUGAUCAUGACUUACCCGAUCUAAACAGAGUUCCUGAACUAGUCCACGAACACUCUCAUUCUACAUUAGACCAAACACAAGAGAUAGAAGGACCAGUGGCUAAAAUUGUGGUCAUAAUAGGGUUUACUUGUAUGAAAUUCAGUAUUUAUUGGGUAGCUUCUGUGUAUAGAGCCCUGCCCUAAACUAGUUACCACUUUAGGGUUUCAGGCCUUUACCUCACGUUCUCAAACCUCACAUUUGGUCAAAGCGUUAUCUAAACUGCCCCUGUCGCAGAGCUUGAGGAAAAAUCUUUUGAAAACGUUUUUUCUCCAUUACUUUUCUGUUCCAAUCUUUAAGCUACAGACUUUAAGUACCUUGUCUUUGAUUUCCAAUAAUCAGUAAGGUAUAUCAGUUUUACAGAUGAAAAAGAAAGUGCCUCUCGUGGGCUUCAAGGCCCACACAUUUUUACCGACACUGCGUCCCUAAACUUUAAUGAUUAAAAACUCCAAGCAGUUGUAUCUCUGCAAGAUAAGUCCGUUUUUACAUCUCUGUCAGCAAUGGAAUUAGAAUCCAUGCCCGUGAAGAGAUGGGGGUCUUAACUCAGCAUCUAACUGGAUUAUUUUUCUUAUAUAAAAGUUACAGGUUUCCUUGAGAAGUAAACACGUUUCCAUCUCCUAGUUUACAGGUAAAAUAUUAAAACCCUGCAGCAAGCCUGAGGGCAGCACUAGUGUGUUAACGGCUUGAAAAAUGAUUCCAAUGUCUGCAUGCCCUCAGGCCUAGGGCGUUUAUUACUGGAGGCUGAAGGGCUCUUGGGAUUUCUUUUGCCCUGAGGAGAACUGGCAGGAACAACCUGUGAGUUUGAGGAGUUGGACUGCAUAAAGGAUUUCUGUAACUCCAAUGCAAAAUGAUAGUCCAUAUGUUCAGGCAUUUCCCAUACAGGCACCAGAGAGCCACACUUCUCACAGGGCACUUGGUCCUCAGCUGCCACAGGACUUGGGGUAGUAGUUGACUUCUGAGCCACCUCCGGAGCAGACUUGGAAGUUACGGAAGCAAGACUGCUUGGGCUAUUCUGGGCCAAAUCCAUCCCUGCAGGAGUCGUUUUAGAGGAUCCCACCUUCAAUACUUCUUGACAGAUGGGGGUGCAAUCUGGAUAUUCUGUUGGAAAAGAGUUUGUUAACUUUUUAGGGCUGGACUGGGGAUUUUGUGGAGGGAAGACAACUGAAGGAUUAUUAAGCUGUUUCUGCUUUAGAAGUAGACUCUUCUGCUUAAAGAAGGGCUCGGUUCCUGCAGCAUGACUGGUUUGGAAAGGUAACAAGGGCUUGGAUGGUGAAUUGCUCGUGGGGGCCUGGGGAGUGGCAGUAAGAGAUGACACUGAAGCUUCUUUGACUUUCUGCUUUUCUGCAGCUUUUUGGAAGAAUGAUUCCAGAGAAGUGGCUGCUCUCUUAGUGGCUGUCCCUGCCAGGCCACAUUCCUGGGUCUUAGCUUCUGAACUGGUAGCUGGCACCUUUGGCAGAGAACUUGGGUCACUGCUCAAGAAGGUGGUGAUGUCUGUGCAAGAUGAAGGGGCAGAGGCAGAGAAUUUGGUAGCACAGAGGAAAAGCAUUGUGAGGGGAGGAGACCUGUAUAGAAAGUAAAGGAACAAGAUUAGCACCAGGUCACAGAUUCAGUUUGUAAAUGACUGGGAUUAUGGUUCUAGGAUUUAUGGUUCUUAAAUAUUAGGGUAUCAGAUGAAUACUGAUUCAGUAGACCUGGGAUAGGCACUCUUCACAAGUUCCUGGGUGAUGCAGAUAUUGCUGGCCUACGACCACAUCUUGAGAACUGCUGAUUUGGUGAACAUCUAACCAGGUCAGACAUAGAAACUGGAUCCUCUGACUGCUAGGUAUUCAUAAGGUAUGUCAUAACAUAUGUAAAAACAGCUAUAAUCCUGGGUUGAGGCAAGAAAUUUUAUUCAGGGCAAUAAAAAGGCUUUAGAGUAUUCAGACUGGAAAGUCUCUUAAAAAAAUCCUCUUAGCCAUUCCAUUCUGUUUUUAAAGAGGACACCAUCUAACCCUAAUUUUGACAGACUUUCAACUCAAAUUUCUAGAGCAUGAAAUCCCACAACUGGGAUUACCUAUCUUAGUCUCAGAAACAUUUCAAGAAAUUCCUGUCACAAAGUUACUCAUUUUGUUUACUCAAAUACAUUUUCACAUGAGUUGAAUUUCAGAAGAUAAAAUGUGCUUUUAUAAACAGAUUAAUCCCUCGACAAGGUAAGGAGUAAGUGCUGUUUUAAAAUUAUUAUAACAAUAUAUCACUAUCCUCUGGUUUCAUGCUCUGGACAGUCUUACAAUCAGAUCAUUUUGAUGCUUCCCUGUCAAUAGGUUUCACACUCCUGGUAAGUGUUAGAGUCUGUUAAUUUAUAAGGUUUCAUAUGAACAUAGUAUCAUAAUUUAUCAUUUGGUUCAGUGAAACUGUUCAAUAUUUGAAAAUAAACAUAUAUAUAAGGAAGUAUAAGUUAAAUAAAUUAUUCCAAAUAAAGAACAAAGGACUCCAGCUUUAGAGACCCCAUCGUAUUGUAGGUCUGCACAAACAACAGUAGUAUCCACAUGUUUAGAUAAGCAAUAACUUAGGUGUUCAAUGAAACCUUUUCUUUUCUUUCCUUUAUUAUUUUUUACAAUCUCUAGUAUAGAUCUAUAAGUAAACAACCAAUUUAUGUUUCCCACAAAAUUAUAUUUCCGUUGUGAAUUAGGAAUACUUUUCUCAAUGUAAUAGGCUAUGUUAAAUAAAUAAAUAGAGGAUCCCAAUACUGAAAAUCAUUAAUAUCUGAACAAUAAAUGAACACGUUCCAAUCA